AUGCAAGAAAUUUCCAUACCCACCACCUACAAGAAAUAUCCAUACUCAUCACCUACAAGAAAUUUCCAUACCCACCACCUGCAAGAAAUAUCAAUAUCCACUACCUACAAGAGAUAUCCAUUGCAGAAAGAAACGUAUUUAUCUGGUACAACUGGUGACGGCACUUUAAGGUCAUUCAUUUUGUGGUUUUAUUUAGGAAAACAAUACAACAUGGCUGACUUUAUCAGUCUAAUCGAAGCAAGGGCUCAGAACCAGACACCUAUAGGUGAGGUUGUCAUUCUUGGAUUCCAGACCCUUCACGGCUACCGGGUCGGACUCUUUGUGACUUUCUUUGCCAUUUACAUGUUGACUUUAUCUGGGAACCUGAUCGUCAUGUUACUGAUGUUAUUGUCUAGGCUCUUAUAUUCUCCAAUGUACUUUUUCCUUAGCAACCUUUCGUUGUCUGAAAUCUUGCUCACCACAAAUAUUACUCCACUUAUGUUGCACGUAUUACUCAACAAUGGAGUUGUGAUGUCCAUAUCUGGCUGCCUCGUGCAGCUUCAACUCUUUGGCACCUUUGUCGCAACAGAAAGCCUCCUACUUACAGUGAUGUCCUAUGACCGAUAUUUAGCAAUCUGCCGUCCAUUACAUUAUGCCUCCAUCAUGGACUACUGGUCUUGUGUCUACUUAUCUAUCUCUUGCUGGGCUCUUGCUACUCUAAUCAGUUCAAUUUCAGUUGGGUUUACAUCCACUCUAUAUUUAUGUGGCUCAAAUAUCAUUGACCACUUCUUCUGUGAUUUUACUCCUCUGUUAAAAUUAUCCUGCUCCGACACAUCUAUGGUUGAGCUGGAGGUUUCGUUGCUUUCCACAACACCCACCAUCUUUCCAUUUCUCUUUAUAAUUAUUACAUAUUGCUGCAUCAUAAAGUCUAUCAUGAGGAUGCCAUCGCUCAAGGGCAAAGAAAAAGCCUUCUCUACCUGUAGCUCUCACCUGGGUGUAGUCUCCACCUAUUACAUGACAAUAAUCGUGGUGUAUGUGGUGCCUACCAAAGGUCAUUCGAAGACAGCGGACAAGGUUGUCUCAUUGCUAUACACCAUGCUUACACCAUUAUUAAAUCCCAUCAUAUACUCUCUGAGGAAUCAAGAGAUUAAAGCUGCUCUCGGUGGGUUAUUUAAAAGGAAAGAUACAAUGAAAAUUUGAAAUUAACAUUUCAAAGGGGGGGAGGCAGAAAGAAAAGACAAGAUCCUCAGUUUAAGGACA